AUGUCAAGUAAUGAUAACUCUCCUAUGAAUGAAAAUAGUAUGAUAUUAUCUAUUCGAUUGAUUCGUUCAUUUGAACAUCGAAAUAUUCGUCAUAUAACUUUACGUUCUAUCGAUUCAUCUGGACAAAUGACUGGCAAAGAACUCAAACAACGAAUUCUAACAAUGUUACCCAACGAAAAGUUGCCACCACCAUUUAAAACAUUUGCAUUUGAUACGCUGAAGAUUGAACAUUAUCCACAUCAAGCAAAAAGUAAUGAUGUAGUGAUUCGUCGAGAUAGUGAUGAACAAUUAAUAAUCGAAGAUGCUAAAUGUUUAUGCGAUUACAAUAUAAUCGAUGGUACUGAAAUUGCAUUUUUUAAACGAAGUGACUAUGAACUCUACAAACAAAAUCCAGAUUUGGUUAUGGACUAA